CAUGCUCCUUAGCUGACACAACAAGGUUCGGGGCUUGGGGUUAAUAUUCGCUCGAGUAAGCCAGGCUAACGUAGAAGAGGGCCGCAGGUGGUCGAUCGUUACCGGAGUGUACCGUAGCCCGGGGACCGUAACGUCCUUUGAACUUUGUUAGGAGGAUAUCGUUGUAGAAGAAGAAAAAUGAAUACAAAUUUGAACGAUGAGGAAUGAAGGAAAUCCUCGUUGGUUACAAAGGAUUAAAACGAUCUAAAGAUAUAAGAUUUUUAAAAAGAGAAAGAGAGAAAGAGAGAAAGAGAGAGAGAGAGAGAGAGAGAGUACACGUUUUAGGACAAACAAAGUAAAAACUUUUAAUUAUUAUAAUGACCGAGAACACAAAUUUAUCCUUUAAAUCACCUACGAUGGAUGAACACGAAAUAAAUAUCAUGACCGGGACGUUGGAACAAAGAAAAGAAGCUUUUAAAGAGGACGAGGAACUCAUGAGGGAAACGACGAAAUUCGUUACGGAGGUUAUCGAGACAGCGGCCAUGGAAGCUUCCAAAAGGAAGCAACAAGAUGAGGGAGGUGACUUUGGCGAAAGCAGUAGUUUGAAAGGAGGCAAAACCAUCGCCGGCUGGAACAACCGUGCCCGUGGCUUCUGCAAUCGAAUUUUGAACGCACUAUGUCCGUGCUUCAGCAACAAUGAAUUAUUCAACUGGACUCCAUACCGAUAUCGCUUCACGAGACCCUAACCGUUCACCGACGUCACGAACUUCCGUUUCUUCGUCGAAUGAACGAGGUCAAUGAGAAUCGGUUACGAGAAAUCGACAUCGAGACGAGCCUACUUAAAAAAAAAAAAAAAAAAAAAAAAAAAAAAAAAAAAAAAAAAAAAAAAAAAAAAAAAAAAA